UCUUAAGAUCUCAGGAGACAGGAUACUGAACCUCUGAGGGAUGGCUGACAAGGAGCUUUCCAGAGUGAGAGGGAGAUUUGUGGAAAAAGUCUCAAAACCUCUAAUUAAGCAGCUGCUGGAUGACCUUUUGGAAGAUCGUCUGCUGAACGAUGGGGAAACAGACUCUGUGCUUGAGGACUGCUCCGGGAAAGCAGACAUGGCUCGCUGCCUCAUCGACAUGGUGAGGAAAAAAGGGGACAAAGCCAGCAGGAGGAUGAUUGAACAUCUUGAAAAAAGAGAUCCUACACUUCACUCUGAACUUGGCCUCAACUCUAAACCAAUGGCAGUUCCAGCUCAUCAGAAUCAGCCCUCCUGGUCAAACACACUUGUCACCACGACCGACUCCUUCUACAACGAAAAACGCAAUUCUAAAGAUGUAAUUUCUUUUAUUUAA